AUGGGUCUAAGAAUCGCACGUCCAAGCGAUUCGAUUCCAAUCUCAAAAGACUAUGGUGGCGUAAAGCGGCGUGAUGUGGUUCAAACAAUUGUGCCUGCAUCAGGUCCUUGGGGCGAAUUUACCGAUACGGUUUAUUGUGAUGCAGAUACCUGGGCAAUUGGUUUUCGACAACGUGUAGAACAACCAUGUAGUGAUGAUUGUGAUGAUACUGCUUUGAAUGCAUUGGAAUUAUUGUGUGGAAAAAAAGACGGAACUUCUGUUAAGUCAAUUACAUCACAUAAUGGUUUUUGGGGCGAUUGGAGUAAUUUCGUUCGUUGUCCUGGAAACAAUAAUUUUUUGAAAGGUGUUUCAUUUAAAAUUGAACCACCUCAAGGAACAAGUGAUGAUACAGCUGCAAAUGAUUGCCAAUUUUCAUGUUCUCAAUCGUCUAACAUUCGCGCAUCAAAUGGUGCUCCAUGGGGCGACUGGAAACAGAUGACAUAUUGUCCUCCAUCGACGGCUAUUUGUGGAUUUUCACUAAAACUAGAAAAUACACAAGGCACGGGAGAUGAUACAGCCAUGAAUGGAGCAAUAUUUGAGUGUUGUGCUUUGUGA